AUGGGGAUUGCGGUUCGAACACUUCAGGAAAGCGUCCUGUUCGACGUCGAGGAACGUAUUUUCCUACCACUUAUAUACGGCGAAGGGAAGGCCCACGUGGUUCAUCGGCUCAGAAAAGAGAUCGCCGACGCUAUGAGCCGCGACGAUACGCCUAACCGCCAAGGAGCUAUGAAUCACGUUUGGAUGGUGCCAUUUGAACGAAAUCCCUUCUUCACCGGCCGUGAGUCCGAGCUGAAAGUGCUCCGUCAGGCGCUUUUCACGGGACAUCGGACUGCAAAGGUCGCAGUCACAGGGCCUGGGGGAGUCGGUAAGACGCAGCUUGUACUUGGGUUAGUCUAUCAAAUAAGGGCCGAACACAAGAACUGCUCGGUCAUCUGGAUACCCGUAACGAGCAAAGAGAGCCUUGGGCAGGCCUAUCUCAAUGCCGCUAGGCAACUCAGCAUAUCCGGAUGUGAAGACGACAAAGCCGAUAUCAGGAGACUUGUACGAGAUCACCUAAGCAGCGAGAGCGCAGGCCAAUGGCUCCUGGUGUUCGACAACGCUGACGACGUUGGCAUGUGGGUGGACAAAUUUACGCCGGAAUCUGGUUGUCUGAUUGACUGCCUCCCAAGAAGCAGCCACGGAUCCAUCAUCUUCACGACGCGCGACAUGAAGACAGCAGUUAGACUUGCCGGUCGAAACGUGGUAGAAAUGUCGGAAAUGGACGAAGCUGGCGGAAAGCAGCUAAUACAGAAAUACCUAGUUAAUCGGGGCCUCAGUAGCCAAGAAGAUGCAACGACCCUGCUGGCAAGGCUUACCUACCUCCCGCUGGCCAUUAUUCAGGCUGCGGUGUACAUUAACGCGAACGGAAUAAGCUUGGGAGACUAUCUGUCGCUCCUAGAAGAGCAAGAAGAGGACGUAAUCGAUCUCCUUAACGAGGAUUUCGAAGACGAAGGGCGGUAUCGCGACGUGAAGAACGCAGUGGCCACUACUUGGUUUAUUUCCUUCGAACAAAUCCGGUGUCGCGACCCUCUUGCGGCGGACUACCUCUCCUUCAUGGCUUGUGUAGAUACUAAAGACAUCCCGCAAUCGCUUCUUCCACCGGGUCAAUCGCGGAAGAAGGAGACACAAGCGAUAGGGACGCUGCAAGGUUACUCGUUCGUCACUAAGCGGUCUGCAGACUCGACUGUAAACAUCCAACAACUGGUGCACUUGGCAAUGAGGAACUGGCUCCGGAAGGAAGGGCUACUGCCCGAUUGGACCUGUAGAGCCAUCUUUGGUUCCUCCGUCAAGGAAAUCGACCAGAUGGAACGAGGAAGAGAGGAUAUGCGUGCAGAGACGAGGCAGUGCCGCGUGCCUCUUAUUGAGUCCGGACAGGGACUCAUUUUGGGCCACCUUGGAGGGACUGGUUUUGGCCCCCCCCCUCCUCGGCUAGAGUUGAAGCAAUUCCUAGUCUGCGGCGGUAACGCCCCUUACCCCAAAGGGUGGACACAGCGACUCGGCCUGUCCACCACAAGUAUGGGAAACAAGGGCCCGGAUACCGAGUUCCAAGAACGGCUGAAAGAAUGGGAGGCGGACUUCGCGGUGGGUUCUUUCGAGCGCCUGUUUUGUAGAGUUAUCUUCCUCGAAGGCAUGGGGCUUGAGUGGAUCCGUGCCAUCUACUAG